CCCAUGUUCUCCACCGAGCGCUCCUCCACAUCCCUUGCAUGGCGACAGCCGUUGUGGAAUUCUUCUCCUCACAACUCUUCCUCCACCUGUUCUUGCUCAGCUCUGUGCGCUAAUACUGCUGUUGUUUAUGCGACUGUGCAACAGCCUUCCUCGCAGACGACAAGCCAGCAUGGGAUCGAAAGCGCCUACCUGAAUCUUGAGGACCGAUUGCGCCUCCUCCAUCUCAUCGAUCUUCCCAGCCUCCACUUCACACUCUGGUGACCUGUCGCAUGAGCAGAAAGAUCGGGUUUUUCUUACUUGAUACAAUUCAUUCACCUUGUUAUAUUUAAUUUUUAAUGUUUACGACACUCUGCGAUUGAGAUUCGCUUCACAACUGCCCAAAUCGCCUAUCGCAGUCCAGGCGUGGCCCUCUCCAAGACCACCUCAUCAAGUGAACCGUCGCAAUGUCUGAUUGGGAAGCUUCUCCGGGGACUCCUCUUCACCGUCGCCCACGGUUGACGCGGGCAACCACUCCAGACUACUAUGGCAACUCCGAAUCCCAGCCAUCAACUCCAUGGAGCCUCCCCGACCUACCCACUCCAACAUCCGCCCUUCUCCAGAAUCUUUUGCGCGAACGAAAACAAUUUUCGCGACAAAAUAGCCAACAUAGUGUUGAUUCUACUGAGAGGCGGAGAAGGAGCAGCAGCGCAGACGUCAUUCCCUCUUCCGGUCUUGACCGGAACUCAUACUUUGUUGACAGCGCACAAUUCAUACAGAGCUCUCCAAUGGCCCCCAGACAAGAUAUCAGAAACCUGAAGCCUGACAGGCGAGUCAAUCCCCCCGGUCAGAGGGUGGUCUCAGGGCCAAGGGGCAUGGGAAUUCGCCAGAUGGAUGAGCACAUCUCCAAAUUACAUAAACAGGUUUUCGAUCUGAAGCUCGAAGUCUUUCACAGACGCGAGCGUGCCGCUACGCUACAGCAACAAUUAGAGGAGGCACAGAGCUUGAGCGCCCACAGCUCCGAGCUUGAGUCCGCCAAGGCAAAGAUUGGCAGACUUGAAUCUCAGAUCAAGGAGCUUUCAAGGGCGAACAGCAAAUUGAAACGAUUCGAAAGAGAUAACUCUGAGCUUCAAGACAUCAAUGAACAGCUCUUGAACGAGCUGGAAAAGCGGGAUGCUGCUGUGCAUGAUGCGGUGAACCUCAUUUGCGCACUAGAAGAAAAGAUAUCAACGUCCCAGAGACCAGUAUUCUCUAGAACUCAAUCGCUGAGAGAUGCGGCCUCAAUCUUGGAGUCCAGUAAAAUGCCGGCGCGGUCCCUCGAGACUGCAGCCUCUCCCUCCUCUACUUACACCCCCCGCUCGCGGCACUCCUCCCGUCUCCGAGGCGAUCUGAACACUCCCCUUCUGGAACCAUCUUCUGUGGGGUCAACGAAGACUCCAAUUUCAGUUCCUCUUUCGCUCCAUGUGUCUAGUGACACAGCUUCUUUGCGGAAACUGGACCUCGAUGCAGAUUCUGCCGGUGAAGUCACGCCAUCGAAAAACGUCUCUGAAUUUGACGCUUUCGAAAGCCCGGACACUCUGAAUGACGAGGCUCUUCAGUCACCCAAAUCACCGCAAUUGAGCGUGCUCAGUGAGAGCAGUUUCAUCAGCAUCUACGGCCAGGCGAGGUCAUCUGAACCCCCCAGCGAAGCUGAUGAGGAUGACGAAAACGACAGCAGCCCGCGACAAUCAUUGGAUGCUUCGUCGCCCUCAUUGCCUUCCUAUGAAGGUACAGAUGAAGCUGAUCGGGAAAGCGUCAGGACCACAGUUGCAAUGGACUCUUCAGACAGGGCAGCACAAAGUCUGGCUCGAGCGAGAAAGUACCUUGAUGACAAGGCUACCCCGACAAGGUCCUUUCGCCUCACCCAUCCCAACAUCUACCAGUAUCUCGGUGAUAUUAUUUACCGCAACUCGUCACUGGUGGCACAGGGAGUGCGUGCCCCAAGCGCCGUUUUCCAAGAAACAUAUUCAUCCUCACCUGAAGACGGACUCAAGAAAUCAAAGAUUGAGAAUUCCUUGAAUGGUGGCCUUCUCUUUGGACCAGAAAUACUUCCGCCCACUCCUGAUACGAUGAGCGUGGAGGGUUCGCUAGGCCGCAAGCGUUCCAACUCGAGCGCCAUGGCAGAUAAGAGCAUGAUAGGCGGCAAGACAUCUGGUCUCAGACGACCGAGCUUGGAUCCUCGUCCCCAAAGUAGUGCUGCCUUGAGGCCAAAUGGAAGCAAACGUCCAGGGUCGUUUGACCGCGGGCGUGCCCCUAUGCAAGGUCGUCGUCCAACCUCCAUUUAUAGUGAAUCGAAUGUCAUGCGGAGUGGACAAGACGCGCAAAUCGACAAUGAAGCAAUGCGUCACCUGUCCUUCUUUAAUGGCAUGCCCCCUCCGCCUGCUCUUCGGCCGGUUCCUACCAUGGCUUUGCCAAAUGAACAGCUGAGCAGCGAAAAUCGUCCUGGAAUCCCACGAGCCAAGACGGCCCAAGCCGCGCGUGGUCGAUCUCCUGCCACUAGAAAUGCCGGGAAGGAAUCAUUGGAAACCUUGAGCCGGCGGCCUCAGCGGCAAAGAGCCGCAACUACGGAUGGCUCAACUAAACGUCCGAGCUUGACGUCUAGAAUUUUGGGUCGCUUUGGCUAGCACCAUGGGCAGCGCGGCUGUUGGUGUCAUGCAGCAAGCAUAUGCACUAGUCCAACGAACCCAAGAGCCGAAGUGAGGAUUGAAUUGAUCAUUUGAAUUCAGAGGGGCUGGAAGCAGGGGACAAUCUUCUUACACUUUUAUAGCACCAUGGGGUAUUGGCGUCACCUUGAUUACGAUCAGACAUGAUUUCGUUUCUGUUUUCUCCCCGCCUUUGUUUGACACGGCGAUCUGUAUCAUAUACCAAUUGAGUUUUUGCAACAAUACCAGCAACACGUUGAAAUGGAUUCUUUUCAAUUACUGGUUUAGUAUCAAUGUGCGUGUCACCGCU